AAUAUGUAGAAUUAAAUUUAAAUGGGUUGUUAGUUAGAUUACAAAAUGUAGAGUCAAAAAAACCAAAACUAUUUCAAUAUUUAGAUUCAAUUGUUUGUGCUUGCGAUGAGUUUUUAAUUACACAUAAUGAAUAUUGCCAACUUGCUGCUAUUAUAUCUGAUAUAGAAUGUAAAUAUAAAGUUGCAGAACAUUGGCAAGAAAUAACAAGAAUUAUGAACAGUAUGAUCCCUGUUAAUAUAGUUCAA